UGAUUAAGACAUGCACAACGUCUUGUAAAAAUGCUCAUAAAUCAGACAUGUCCUUAAUGUGCGUGAUUUUGUCAUAUUAAUGAAAUACACUGCUGAAACCACGGAGAAAAUCCCCGAUAUCGCACAGUUCCAACCAAUACAUUACUACAUCUUAUUGAAAAAGCGACUAUAUAAUUCAAUUUGUCUACGACCGGUUAGAGACACAGCCGCUUUUCCCCACAGAAAAGUUUUGUGUUUUUUACUCAAGACUGAAAUCAAAUGGCUGAUGAAGAUGAACUCAACAAGCGGAGAAGGGAAGAAUGUGAGCGGAAGGCUCGAAGGGGUGAAAUGGACCCGAGGUUGGAAUUUGCAUUCCAACUCCUGAUGGACGCCACUGGACUACCAAGGCAUGAAAUAAUGGACCAUGUGUUUGAAGGAGAUAUGCUCGAUGAGAUCAACCAACUUUUCCUACCUCAUAUGAAAAGUAAACUCGUGUGGUUUUACCAAGAUGUUGAAGAGACAGAAUCGCCGGUUGUAGACCCGGCAAAAGCUAGUACAAGUCGACAGAUGCAACCCAGCACCAGUCGACAAGCUUUACUCCAGCAGUUGCAACCAACGUACAAGAAAAAAUUGUUCUUGACUGAUGGCUGGGACGUGCCUUUGAACGGAAUUUGUAUCUAUAUUUUUCGUACCAGCACGACGAAACAACUCCCUGAAGAAGGCUUUCAAAAGGAUUUGUUUUGUGGCAUCAUCGACGCGCAACGAAUCGGUUUGAUAACAACUGUCGAACGCAUCAUCGAACACGUCUUCAUGGAGGCUUUAGCCCACCCAAGCCCCGACUGCGAAGACGAUGCUGCAAAUUGCCCAAUGGUCAAAAACCAGCUCUUGCCCGGUUUGCGCUCAUUUUGUAGUGCCUUAAAAGUGUGUGAGGAGGUUUGUAACGAAGGAAACCUUUUUGACGACGGUGCCGACGCCCUCAUGUCCCCUCUUGACCCCGAAGACGUGCGCGAACUGUCGAAACACGUGGAGAAAGUUGUUCCUUUGGAAGAAAGGGUUAAGUCUUGGUCGAAGCGUUUAACCGAAAUUUUGAAAGAGAGCGAACAAGUGAGGAGAGAGAAUGAUUCAUCUGGGCCACAGGACGAACUAGAGUAUUGGAAAAAAAGAGGCGCUCAGUUCUCACAAAUCACAAAUCAAGUCAACUCGAGUGAGGUGCAAAUGACGAUUUUGUGUCUGCGAAUGGCGCAUUCGAAGAUCUUGAAAGAAUGGCUGGAAACUGAUAAGAAAAUCACAUUUUGUUAUAAUGAGGCAAAAGAUAACGCUAAGUUUAUUCAAGCACUGGAAAAAAAUUGCCAUUCUUUGUACCUGGAUGAUCCAGUUAAAAUGAGAGACUCGAUUCUGGGGUUGUUACAAACGGUACGUUUAAUUCACAGUAUUUCGCAGUUUUACAACACUUCGGAAAGAACGUCAGCAUUGAUGGUUAAGAUUACAAAUCAAAUGAUUGAAACGUGUAAAGAUUACGUUACGUGUCGUGGGCAGGAAACAAUUUGGUCUCAAGAUCGUGCGUUUGUAAAAGACAAGCUAACACAGUGUAUAAUGUUGAACAAGGUCUACCGGAAAACUUAUGCUCUGGUUAAAAAUCAACCCUUUUUGCCUGGACAACAAUCGUUUAAUUUUUCCGAAAAUUAUGUUUUUGGGAAGUUUGAUGCCUUUUGUAGACGACUAGCUCGAAUUAUUUCAACGUUUGAUUUAAUUGAUGAUUACAGCAGUUUGUUCCAAAGGCGAAUGGAGGGGCUUUUGUUAGGUGACGCUCUGGAAGAAGCCAUUCAGAAUUUCAACGAAAUCAAAUCAAUCGUAAUGAACAAAACUUACGAUUAUCUGGACCAAAGAAACAACGAGUUUAACAACGAUUUCAAGGCGUUUUUGGCCCAAACCGACGAACUUAAGGAAAAUAUUGGAAACAUUAUCGAGAGGAAUUUCGACAGUGUUUGGGAAACGCCACAAGGAAUUAGAUUUUUGACCCGAUUUGAGAAAGUGAGCGAAAAAAUUCCUCUAACUCGUAUGGACGACAAAUACGACCGGAUUUUAAAAUACUGCGAGAAAGAAGUCGACCGGAUUAUCAAAAUGUACAAGAAACAGAAAGACGAUCCACCUGUCCCUAUCAUGUUUCCACCAAUUGCUGGUCGCAUUAAAUGGGCCAGAUCGUUGCUUUGCCACCUGGACGAACUGCUUUCAUGUGUCACAACGCACCACGUUUUGAAAAAUCUGCCCGCAACGGCUGAAUUAUCACGAAGACACAAAGCAGCAGAAACGACGUUAAAAUCAUACGAAACCGAUAUGGUGGCCAUUUGGAUGAACCAACAUAUUUGUGACGUGGAUGGUUGUUUAAAACGCCACCUGUUGGCCGUUUGUCCCGAACAACAACGCCUUAAAGUCAAUCUUCACAACACGAUCCCACUUUUAAUUCGUGAAACCGAUUUGAUGAUCAAAAUGGACCUUCCUGUACCAAUGGUAGCGCUGACACUUUAUUCCAAACAGGAGCACUUUAGUUUAAUUAAAGACCAUCUACAGUUUUUGAUUGAAGAUUUGUUAACGGUCGUACGAUCUGUUAAACUCGAAGUGAGGCCUUUGUUUUUGCCUCAUUUAGUCAAACUGACUGAUAUCGUAGCUGAUGGUUUGCAUAGACUGACUUGGGUUUCAUCCGAUUGGAAAAAGUUCGUCGAUCGAGCGAACGACGCAAUUAACAAGUUCAAAGUUUUGACAGAACGUGUCCACGACGUCUACACCAACCGAGUGCUAGAAGUCCUUUCCACCAUGCAAUCCGUCCAACUCCAUGCCCUCCCAGAAAUCGACGACGAGCCUUGGAGUGUUGACGACUUCUGCGACAAAAUGGACGAAGUCUGCAGAUCAGCAGCCACAGAACUCCACCGCAAGAGCCUAAUGGUUGAAGAAGCCGUCGAGGAAAUUUUAACCCUAGUACGCAAAGCACGCAUCGCUGGUGACUCUCAAGCAGAGGAAGAGUUUUUCGCAGAGGAGGAACAAGCCGACGUUGAGAGUUCUUCAACUCAGCAACAAUCCGACUGGAGUUUGGUGUGGGAAUGUUUCGAAAAACCGCAUUUGUUGCUCAGUGGAGGCAUGUCGAAGGCUAUGGAGGAUAUGGUUCGGGGGGCUGUGAGCGAAAUGCGACGGUACUACAGCAGGAAAGUGGUCGAUGUUUUAGUGAAGGUUACAAGACAGAGCUUGGAGGCUUUGCGACGACGAUUUGCCGUUGAUUAUCAAAGUGAACGCACUCCUGUCUUCGUUUUGAAUUCGGUUCUGAUGAUCCCUAAAGUCGCAAUUCAACCGAAUUUGGAAGAGGUACAAGAUGUGUUGAAUCUGGCUGGGAAAAAUAUUACGUCGGUAUCAAAGGGAGUGGGACAAUGGACGGGUGGAAAACCACAGACUCCAGUCCCCAAAAAGUCCGUAUGGAAAAAAUUAGCUGGGCCUACGUCCAAUUUAAUGGAUAUUGUAACUCGUUCACGAAUGGGUCAGAAGCCGGGCAAAGGAGGACCGGUUAAAACCAAAGAAGAGGAUUUUCGAACAAGACGAAGGAAACUGUACCGCCUUGCAACGGAGGAAAAACCGAUGUUUCCCUUCCAACACAAGAACUUCCACAGUUUUGUUAUGGAGAACAAGGAAGUGAUGAAGACACUGUCCUUGCUUUCGAUCUGCACCCAAGACAUGAAGCAAGAAAUGACCCAAUUUAUAGCGCGUUGGAGGCCCUACAACAUUCUCUGGAGGAACGAAAAGACACAGAGGGAGCUGUUAACGGCCUGUUUGUCCGAGUUUGAAACUUCGUUGCGCAAGCACGAGGAACUGAACGAGAAACUUGUGACCGAACCGGACGUGUUUGUAAUUUGCUCUUGCUUGGCCAUUUCCACUGAAAAACUCAAAUACGGUUUGAUUACCGAAAUCAGAUCUUGCACUCACAGGAUUGGGCAAGCAAUGAAGAAGAAAUACAGGCGUGAAAUGGAUUACGUCUAUGCUGUGAUAAGCGAAAUGGAACGUAAGCUAGAACGCACGAUUCGAGAUCUGGACGAUGUUCGUUUAAUAAUGGACACGUUGAAAAAAAUUCGGGAACAAGAAGUUGAUAUGGAGUUGAAAAUUGAUCCGAUUGAGGAAGCUUUCAACGUUUUGAAUCGAUUUGAUGUGAUGGUUGAGCGCGAAAUAAUGGAACAAGUGGAUAAUUUAAGGGACACUUGGAACAGACUGUUGAAAAAUGCACUAAAAGUUCAUGUGCACCUUUUGGAAAUGCAACCGCAGUUCCAGCAAGAUUUGCGUUCGAAUUUGGAAAAGUUCCGGCAAGAUAAGAUCGAUUAUUGCAAUGAGUAUCGGACUGCUGGGCCUAUGCAGCCAGGGCUUAGUCCUCGUGAAGCUUCAGAUCGGCUUAUACUCUUCCAAAACCGGUUCGAUGGUAUGUGGCGUAAGCUCCAAACGUACCAAAGCGGCGAAGAACUUUUCGGUUUACCACAAACCGAUUAUCCCGACUUGGCUCAAAUACGCAAAGAACUGAAUCUCUUACAAAAAUUAUACAAACUAUACAACGACGUAAUUGAUCGGGUCACCAGUUACUACGACAUUCCUUGGGGGGAGGUCAACAUUGAAGAAAUAAACAACGAGUUAAUGGAGUUCCAAAACCGGUGUCGGAAACUCCCCAAAGGUUUAAAAGAAUGGCCCGCUUUCUUCGCCUUGAAGAAAACCAUUGACGACUUUAACGACAUGUGCCCCCUUCUGGAGCUCAUGGCAAACAAAGCGAUGAAACCCCGCCAUUGGCAACGAAUCAUGGACUCCCUAAACCACAUUUUCGAGUUUGAAAGUGAAGGUUUUUGCCUGAAAAACAUCCUCGAAGCGCCUUUACUCCAACACAAGGAGGAUAUCGAAGAUAUUUGCAUCUCGGCAAUGAAGGAAAAAGACAUCGAGGCUAAACUGCGUCAAGUGACAAACGAGUGGUCCAUUCAUGAACUGACUUUCAUGACGUUUAACAACCGGGGCGAGCUGCUCUUGCGAGGGGAUACCACAGCCGAGACCAUUGGCCAACUUGAAGACAGUUUGAUGGUCCUUGGGUCGCUCCUGUCAAACCGUUACAAUGCGCCGUUCCGUAAGCAGAUCCAGCAAUGGGUGCACGACCUAUCCAACACCAACGAGAUCCUCGAACGCUGGCUGUUGGUCCAGAACAUGUGGGUGUACCUGGAGGCGGUGUUCGUUGGAGGCGACAUCGCCAAACAACUGCCCAAAGAAGCCAAGCGGUUUUCAAAAAUUGACAAGUCCUGGCAGAAGAUCAUGCAGCGAGCGCACGAAACCCCAGGAGUUGUGGCGUGUUGUGUCGGCGAUGAUAUGCUCAAGCAGCUCUUGCCGCAUCUGCAAGAACAACUCGAGUUGUGUCAGAAGUCGUUGAGUGGUUACUUGGAGCGGAAGAGGAUGAUGUUUCCGAGGUUUUUCUUCGUUUCGGAUCCCGCCCUCUUGGAGAUUCUGGGGCAAGCGUCCGAUUCGCACACCAUUCAGAAUCAUUUACUUUCGAUUUUUGAUAAUACAAGAUGGGUUAAGUUUCACGAUAUUGAGUAUAAUAAAAUCACGGCGAUUAUUUCGUCCGAAGGUGAGAUGAUUCAGUUGGAGAAGGCUGUUAGGGCUGAAGGGAGUGUUGAGACUUGGUUGACGCAGCUUUUGGUCACGUCGCAAACGUCGUUACAUUCUAUUAUACGACAAGCCAAUUCCAUGAUCAAUGAUGGGAAUUUCCAGUUGUUGCUUUUUUUGGAAAAAAUGCCGGCGCAGAUCGGUCUUCUUGGCUUACAAAUGAUUUGGACUAGAGACGCCGAAGUAGCUCUCAUGCAAGCCCGACAUGAUAAAAAAGUCAUGGCAGACACAAACAACAAAUUUUUGGAACUACUCAAUACCCUCAUCGAUCAAACGACGAGAGACCUCACCAAAAUAGAACGAACGAAAUUUGAAACUUUGAUUACAAUCCAUGUGCACCAAAGAGACAUUUUUGAUAUUUUAUGCCGCAUGAAUGUGAGACACGUUAACGAUUUCGAAUGGUUAAAACAAUGCCGCUUUUAUUUCAAAGAAGAGUUGGAUAAAACCUUGAUUAUCAUUACUGACGUUACGUUCUCUUACCAAAAUGAGUAUUUGGGUUGUACUGAUCGCCUGGUCAUAACACCCCUCACUGACAGGUGUUACAUUACCCUCGCCCAGGCUUUGGCAAUGAGCAUGGGUGGAGCGCCUUGUGGUCCUGCUGGAACGGGAAAAACAGAAACUGUGAAGGAUAUGGGCAAAACUUUGGCAAAAUAUGUCGUAGUGUUUAAUUGUUCGGACCAAAUGGAUUACAGAGGUCUCGGUCGAAUUUACAAAGGUUUAGCCCAGUCAGGAUCAUGGGGAUGUUUUGACGAAUUCAAUCGAAUUGAAUUACCAGUCUUGUCAGUGGCCGCACAACAAGUCGCUGUUGUUUUAGCCAGUAAGAAGGAGAAACGGAAAAAUUUUCAAUUUACUGAUGGGGACAUCGUGGAAAUGUGUCCAGAAUUUGGGAUUUUUAUCACAAUGAACCCGGGCUACGCUGGCAGAAAAGAACUCCCUGAAAACCUCAAAAUUCAAUUCAGAACAGUUGCAAUGAUGGUCCCCGACCGCCAAAUUAUAAUCCGAGUCAAGUUGGCAAGUUGUGGCUUUCUGGAAAACAUCACACUUGCCCGAAAGUUCUACACUUUGUACAAACUGUGUGAAGAACAACUCACAAAACAGGUUCAUUACGACUUCGGUCUCCGCAACAUUUUGUCCGUCUUGCGUAGCUUAGGCGCCGCCAAACGAGUCAAUAACAAAGACACAGAAAGCACGAUAGUAAUGAGAGUGUUACGCGACAUGAACCUCUCAAAAUUGAUAGAUGAAGACGAACCUUUGUUUAUUUCUCUAGUAGCUGAUCUGUUCCCAAACCAAGCGCUCGAAAAAACCGCUUACCCCGAACUAGAAGAAGCGAUAAACGCUCAGGUUGAGGAGGCAAGUCUUGUAAACCACCCACCAUGGGGUUUAAAAUUGAUCCAACUGUUUGAAACGCAACGCGUCAGACAUGGGAUAAUGACACUAGGCCCCACAGGCGCGGGCAAAACCACCUGCAUCCAAACUUUGAUGCGUUCCCUCACACAAAUGGGCGAUUUUCACCGCGAAAUGCGAAUGAACCCCAAAGCUAUAACAGCAGCUCAAAUGUUCGGCCGUUUGGACGUCGCAACAAACGACUGGACCGACGGUAUUUUCUCGGCUUUAUGGCGCAAAACACUGAAGCUUAAGCCAGGAGAACACGUCUGGUUGGUGCUUGAUGGCCCAGUUGACAGCAUUUGGAUCGAGAAUUUAAAUUCAGUCCUUGAUGAUAACAAAACGCUGACUUUGGCCAACGGUGAUCGCCUGUCAAUGGCCCCAACUUGCAAAAUUAUUUUCGAACCACAUAACAUCGAUAAUGCUUCACCUGCCACUGUGUCACGCAAUGGGAUGGUUUACAUGAGUUCGUCUGGUUUGAACUGGAAGCCGGUUGUGACAGCGUGGCUCAAAAAACGCAGUCCAAGGGAACAGGAACUGUUCCAGAAACUCUUUGAUGAAUCGUAUGGUGAAUUGUACGGUUGGGGCACCCAGAACCUGACUCUAGUGAUAGAUGUGCUCGAAUGUAACGUAACACUUCAAAUGUUGCAACUGUUGGAAGGGUUAAUACCGACUCAGGUCGAAAACGUUGAAGAGGUUUCGGCGAAUAAGUCCGACCAAGGCGAUGUCGAUGAUGAUUUGUUGGCCGAAGAGGCGGAAAAAGUCGAGGAGAAUAAACCGUUCACGAUUGAACAUUUGGCCAAAUUGUACGUUUUUGCCCUGGUUUGGGGCAUGGGAGCGUUCCUUGAAAUGGAAGACAGGGUCAAGUAUGAUCUCUUCUUGAAACAACAUUUGUCACAGUUGGAUCUUCCCAAAAACGACCGCAAAAAUCAAGAUGCUACGGUUUUCGAUUAUGUAGUUAAUUCGGAAGGAGAGUGGGUUUUGUGGAGUACGCUAGUCACAAAUUAUGUUUAUCCCGAAUUGGCGACUCCCGAAUAUGCCACAAUUUUGAUUCCAAUUCCAGAUAACGUGCGGAUUAAUUAUCUGAUUCACACAAUUGCCAAGCAGGAGAAGGCGGUUUUAGUGGUUGGAGAACAAGGAACGGCAAAAACAGUCAUGAUGAAAUCCUACAUCAAAAACGCAAACCCUGAAGUUUACCUAAACCGUUCGUUCAAUUUCUCAAGCGCAACUUCUCCGUACCAGUUCCAGAAGACCAUAGAAAGCUACGUGGAGAAACGCAUGGGCAACACGUUCGGUGCCCCCAAUGGCAAAAAAAUGAUUAUCUUCAUCGAUGACAUCAAUCUUCCUGAAAUUAAUUGCUGGGGUGACCAAAUCACCAACGAAAUUGUGCGCCAAACGAUGGACAUGGGCGGGUUUUACAGUUUGGAAAAACCGGGCGAGUUUACGACCAUUGUGGACGUCCAGUUUGUGGCAGCUAUGGGACAGCCAGGAGGUGGAAGAAAUGACAUUCCAUCGAGACUUAAACGCCAGUUCUGUUUGUUUAACUGUCCCUUGCCCAUGGAUGCUUCCAUCGAUAAAAUUUUCGGGGUUAUUGCGCAAGGGCACUACAAUGUCAAGAGAGGGUUUACAUUGGAAGUCAGGAAUUUGGUGAAAAAAUUGGUCCCAUUGACUCGAUUCUUGUGGAAGAAUACGAGGGCUAAAUUAUUGCCAACUCCAGCCAAGUUUCACUACGUUUUCUCGCUGAGAGACUUGUCGAGGAUUUGGCAAGGAAUGAUCGGGACACUGUCCACUGUGAUUGAAUCCGAAGGGUGUAUGAUGGUGCUGUGGAAACACGAAUGUACGCGAGUUUUCUCCGAUCGUUUUACCAUCGAAGAGGACAAGAAAUGGUUUGAUGCCGAGCUGUUGGAUUUGGUGGAAAGAGAACUAGGGCCUGCGUUUCGAACGAAAACGGAGCCAAACCCGGUUUUUGUCGAUUUCAUGAGGGACGCUCCUGAGCCGACCGGGGAAGAAGGAGAAGACGCAGACAUGGAACUACCAAAAGUGUACGAACCGGUAACUGACGAAAACGAAUUAAGAGAACGACUUGACAUGUUUUUGGCACAAUUCAACGAAAUGGUGCGGGGUUCAGGGAUGGAUUUGGUCUUCUUUCCCGAUGCUAUGCUCCAUCUGGUGAAAAUUUCACGGGUUAUUAGACAUCCGAGAGGGAAUGUCAUGCUCGUCGGUGUGGGUGGUAGCGGGAAACAGUCGCUAACGAAACUGUCGUCGUUUAUAGCUGGGUAUAAAACGUUCCAAAUCACUCUAACAAGGUCUUAUAAUAUUGCAAACUUUUUGGAAGACCUCAAAGUGCUCUACCGGUCAUGCGGUUGUCAAGGGAAGGGCACCACUUUUAUUUUCACCGACUUGGAUAUCAAAGAAGAGGGCUUUUUGGAAUACUUGAAUAAUAUUCUAUCGUCAGGCGUGAUUUCGAAUUUAUUUACAAAAGAUGAACAAGCCGAGAUCAUUCAAGAAGUCACACCGGUGAUGAAGCGAGAAAACCCCAAAAGAGUCAUAAAUCCUGAAAGUGUGAUGGAGUAUUUUAUGAAUCGAACUUGCCAAAACCUGCACGUGGUGUUUUGUUUUUCUCCGGUGGGAGAAAAAUUCCGAAAUCGAGCUCUGCGUUUCCCAGCAUUGAUCUCCGGAUGUACAAUUGAUUGGUUCCAGCCAUGGCCCAAAGACGCUCUAGUUUCAGUAGCUCGUCACUUCCUCACCGAUUUCAAAAUCGCUUGCACUGACCAAGUCAAGGAGGAGCUAGUCAUCGCUUUGGGCUCCAUCCAAGACAUAGUUUCCGCCACCUCAGUGGAAUACUUCCAAAGGUUCCGUCGCGCAACUCAUGUCACUCCAAAAUCGUACCUAAACUUCAUCGCCGGUUACAAAAGCAUUUACAAAAACAAGAAAAAAGAACUGAGCGAUGGCGCCCUAAGAAUGGACACCGGUUUGGAAAAACUGGCUGAAGCAUCGUCUUCUGUAUUAGUUUUGAAAAAAGAACUAGCCUCCAUGGAAAAAGAACUCGCCGAUGCGUCAAAACGUGCCGAAAAAGUCCUGACGGAAGUGACCGAACGUGCAAUGCAAGCCGAAAUUGUCAAAAAUCAAGUCCAGAAAGUGAAAGAAAAGGCCGAAAUUUUGGUAACGUCCAUUGCAGCUGAAAAGGCCCUAGCCGAAGAAAAGCUCGAAGCUGCGAAACCUGCCUUGGAAGAAGCUGAAGCUGCGCUGAACACCAUCAAACCGGCACAUAUUGCAACUGUUCGGAAGUUGGGACGACCACCUCAUUUAAUUAUGAGGAUUAUGGACUGUGUUCUUGUGUUGUUUCAAAGAAAGUUGCAUCCGGUUAUUCCAGAUACGGCUGCUCCUUGUCCCAAACCCUCCUGGGCGGAAUCUCUCAAGAUGAUGGCUUCGACCACCUUCCUCCUCCAACUCCAAAACUACCCCAAAGACAUCAUCAACAACGAAAUGGUUGAAUUCCUCGAACCCUACUUCGAAAUGGAAGACUACAACAUGGACACAGCAAAACGCGUGUGUGGCGACGUCGCCGGUCUCCUCUCCUGGACCAAAGCGAUGGCAUUUUUCCACAGCGUUAACCGAGAAGUGCUCCCUCUCAAAGCCAAUCUAACACUACAAGAAGCUCGCUUAAAAGUCGCAAUGGAAGAUCUGGCAGCGGCCGAACAACAACUAGAAGAACGCGAACAAUCCCUCCGCGAAGUUAAAGAACAAUACGAUACCGCAGUCCUCGAAAAACAACGACUAACAGACGCUGCGAACUCCUGUCUGCGUAAAAUGAACACUGCGACAACACUUAUUAAUGGAUUAGGGGGCGAAAAAGUUCGGUGGACUCAACAAAGCAAAGAGUUUAAGGAACAGUUGGGGCGUUUGGUUGGUGAUGUGCUUCUAGCAACUGGGUUUUUGUCGUAUUGUGGUCCCUACAACCAGGAGUUUCGGGCCAAUUUGGUCAAAACUUGGAUGGAGAUACUUGGGGCGAAGGAAAUCCCCUUCACCCUUAAUCUCAAUAUUACGAACAUGUUGGUUGAGAGUGCAACGCUGUCAGAGUGGACGCUUCAGGGGCUUCCGAAUGAUGAACUGUCCGUUCAGAACGCACUAAUUGUGACCAAAUCACGCUCCUAUCCCUUGCUCAUAGACCCCCAGAAUCAGGGCAAAAUGUGGAUCAAGAACAAAGAGGCCAAUAACAAUCUCCAAAUCACUUCGUUGAAUCACAAGUACUUUCGGACGCAUCUUGAGGAUUGUCUUUCGUUGGGGAAGCCCCUGCUGAUUGAGGACAUUGAUGUGGAGUUGGAUCCGGUCCUGGAUAACGUACUCGAGAAAAAUUUCAUCAAAUCGGGAUCAAUCGAAAAGGUGAUAGUUGGUGAUAAAGAAUGCGAUGUAUUGAAGGGUUUCAUGUUGUACAUCACAACGAAACUUCCAAAUCCGCCAUACUCUCCCGAAAUCAGUGCGAAAACUUCUAUAAUUGAUUUCACCGUGACUAUGUUGGGCCUGGAAGACCAACUUCUAGGCCGGGUGAUACUUAUGGAGAAAUCGGAUUUGGAGGCGGAACGUGUGGCACUGUUCGAAUCAGUGAUGCAAAACCAAAGACGAAUGAAAGAACUGGAAUCGAAUCUUUUGAGCCGUCUCAACUCAUCUGAAUGUUCACUAGUCGAAGACGAAGAACUGAUAAAUGUAUUACAAGUAACCAAAACAACUUCAGAAGAAGUGAACCAGAAAUUGUCUGUUUCCGCUCACACCGAGAAAAAGAUAAACGUUGCAAGGGAAGAGUUCCGUGCAGUUGCAGCCAGAGGCUCAAUUCUCUAUUUCCUGAUCGUCGAGAUGAGCAAUGUUAACGUCAUGUAUCAAAACUCCCUCAAACAGUUUCUCAAUAUCUUCGAUAACUCCAUCACCAAGUCGGAGAAAAACCCCGAUGCGAGCGAACGCAUUAAAAUCAUUUUGCAAUACUUGACGAAGGAAGUGUGGGUUUUUACGCAGCGUAGUUUAUAUGAAAGGCACAAAGCACUGUUCACGCUCAUGAUGGCGAUGAAAAUCGAUCUUCAAAAUGGGUUGAUAACGCACGAGGAGUUUAUGGUGUUUAUUAAAGGGGGAGCGUCGCUUGACUUGAAUGCCGUGCAACCCAAACCGUUUCGCUGGAUUUUGGACAUCACGUGGCUGAAUUUGGUCGAAAUUAACAAACUGAAGACUUUCUCCGAGAUUUUGGGUAAAAUUGAAAGCAAUGAAAAGGAGUGGAGGGUUUGGUACGAGAAGGAAAAGCCGGAAGAAGAGGAAAUACCGUGUGGGUAUCAGAAAAGUUUGGAUGUUUUCCGGAAAUUGUUGCUGAUACGGUCCUGGAGUCCUGACCGGACAUUAUCGCAAGCAAGGAAAUACAUCAUGGACUCUCUAGGUCCCGAAUACGGCGAGCCUUGCAUUCUGGACUUGGAAGUGACCUGGUCCGAAUCCGAGUCCCGAACCCCCUUAAUCUGCAUCCUUUCAAUCGGUUCGGACCCAUCACCUCAAAUUUCAGCCCUCGCAAAAGCGAAAGACAUGACCUUAAAAGCGGUUUCAAUGGGCCAGGGCCAGGAAGUGGUCGCUCGUGACAUGAUCGAAUGGUCGAUGCAAAACGGCGGCUGGGUCCUCCUCCAAAACGUCCACCUCUCUCUACCAUUUGCCACCGAAGUUAUGACCGUGGUUGUGGACACUGAAACCAUUCACGACGACUUCCGAAUUUGGCUCACCACGGAAGUUCACGAACAAUUCCCCAUUGGUUUACUCCAAAUGGCGAUUAAAUUCACUAAUGAGCCUCCGCAAGGAAUCCGAGCUAGCAUGAAAAGGACGUACCAGAAUAUUACUCAGGAUUAUUUAGAUUAUUCGGCCCAAUCACAGUGGCCUCCGUUGUUGUACGCUGUUGCCUUUUUGCACACUGUGGUCCAGGAAAGGCGGAAAUUUGGACCACUUGGUUGGAACAUUCCCUAUGAGUUCAAUCAGGCUGACUUCGCAGCCAGCGUCCAGUUUAUACAAAAUCAUUUGGAUGAUAUGGACCCCAAAAAGGGGGUUUCGUGGCCUACGGUCUGCUACAUGUUAGGGGAAGUGCAAUAUGGAGGAAGAGUCACUGACGAUUUCGAUAAAAGACUACUAACGACCUUCACACAAGUUUGGUUCUGUGACGUUCUUCUACGUCCCGGUUUCGAGUUUUACAAAGGCUAUAAAGUGCCCCAAACCCGCAACUUGCAAGGCUACGUUGACUACAUUAAUAGCCUUCCGGCCACAGACAGUCCUGAAGUUUUCGGCUUGCAUUCAAACGCCGACAUCACUUAUCAAAUAAACACAGCCAAGGGUAUUUUAGACACGAUUUUGAGCGUACAACCAAAAGAAGGGGGCAGUCAAGGUGGUGAAACACGCGAAAGCGUCGUCUACAGUCUUGCCGAAGACAUGUUGGAAAAACUACCGAAACAGUACAACAGUUUCGAGGUGAAAGAAGCCCUUCAACGAAUGGGCGCCCUCUUACCAAUGAACAUUUUCCUACGGCAAGAAGUGGACCGAAUCCAGAAAGUUUUAAAAGAGGUGAAAUCGACUUUGUGUGACUUGAAACUGGCCAUCGAUGGUACAAUUGUGAUGAGUCAAGGGUUAAGGUGUGCUUUGGAUGCAAUGUACGAUGCUAGAAUUCCAGACAGGUGGCAAAAAAUUUCCUGGGAGUCUGCUACUUUAGGUUUUUGGUAUACGGAACUUCUGGAACGGGACGCCCAAUUCAGGAGUUGGUGCAACAAUGGCAAACCUAACGUUUUCUGGAUGACUGGCUUUUUCAAUCCGCAAGGUUUCCUCACUGCGAUGCGUCAAGACGUUACGAGGGCUCAUAAGGGCUGGGCUUUGGAUUCUGUCGUUUUGCAGAAUUUGAUAACAAGGUAUAACAAAGAGGAUUUGAAGGAAGGGCCAGCUGAAGGUGUGUACGUCCAUGGAUUGUUCCUGGAAGGUGCAGGACUCGAUCGAAGGAGUGGUAAACUUAUUGAAAGCAAAGCGAAAGUGCUUUAUGAGCUAAUGCCGGUUAUUUACAUUUAUGCGAUUAAUACAACGGCUGGGAAAGAUCCCAAACUGUACGAAUGUCCGAUUUAUAGGAAACCGCAACGGACUGAUCAGAAAUAUGUUGGGUCGAUUGAUUUUGAAACUGAUCAUAAUCCGAGGCAUUGGACACUUAGAGGUGUCGCGCUUUUGUGUGAUAUUAAGUAAGCGGAAAGUUUAAGGCUAGAGGGGACGACAGUGUGCUACAAAAAACUACUUUUCCAUUUUUAGCUUUUUUUAGUUUAAUUUUAAUUAGCAAUGAAUUUUUAGAUGUUUAGAAUUUGCGCCAACGCAACGGAAUAUUUUUUUAAGGAUGAUGCGAAUAGAAUGCGGCCAAGGUGCUAGAAAAACUACUAGUUUUUACCAGAAGCCAAUAUUCAUUUUACUUUGACACUUUUUAUUAUUUGUUUACAUACAGGAUCUCCGGAAAGUCGCGCACCUCAUUGAAGGGGAGUAAUUGGAUAAUCCUCCAGGGUACCGAAAAAAUGUUUAAAAAAAUUCCACAUGCUCUGUUUUUAUAUCAGAGCCUAAAAAAAUUAUGGAAAAAGGCAACAUUGCACAAAUAUACACGUGAAAACUGAAAUUAAAAAUUAUAAUUAAAGUCUUGGAUACUAUUAAAAGGUGUUGAACAUAUUUAAUUUCUAGUCUUUAAAACUAUCGUUACGCCAUAGUUGUUAGUCAGAUUAGUUCGCGCAUUAUCGUAAUUUUUAAUUAUGUUAUUGAAUGCAACUGACCGGAGAACAGCUUUAUUUAUUGUAAUAAUAUUUUAAACAACUUAAAAACCGAACAAACAAUGCACUAAAAAAUUAUAACAAAUGCUCAAAGGUUUGGCUUGCACCGUUUGUAAUGUUUCUGGAGUGAUCGUAGCACUAGCGGCAUGAUUUCGGUUCACUAACUCCUCACGAGUUCUUCUAAAAUUGCUUCUUCUGCAGUAACGGUUUUCGUAUCUCUGGACCGACCAAGUUCCCUUGGUAAAAGAUCCAAACGACCAGUUGAUCGCAUUCUUUGGUCCAGUCAAUGGAAAUUCGAGUUUUCGUCUGGGUCGGCAUUCUGGCAAGCGGCUUCACUUGCAUUUCCAGCGUAUUCACCAAACAGCAAACACAAGUCACAAUAUUCAUAGUAGGAAAACAUUUUAAUUCUUCACUUGACACUGUUUGAAACUGAAAAAUUACCGCUGACAGACGAAACAAAAAUUUUAAUGACACUAUAAGCAAUCACUGUAACCAUGGUUUCAUCUGAACAACAAUGGUUUGUGCCAAGUGUUGCCAGAUUUAUUAUCAUUGUUGACUCAAAAAUU